CAGACCACAUCGCACACCACCAAAAUGUCUCUGCGGUCAGCACUCUCACAACUCGCACCAGCACGGCGCGCAUUCACGACGUCGGCGCUGCGCCGUGCGGCCGCACCCACGCCCGCGGCUCCCGCAGCCACCGACGCCUUUGCCGACCUGGCCCGGAUCACAGCGACGCCCAACCCCGACGCUGCGGCGUCCUCGUCCUCUGCCUCGUCGUCGUCAGCGUUUGCCCAGCCAAAGGAGACGAAAUACGAGCUCAACCGCCGCGGCUACACGCCCAACUUUCUCCCGCCCAAGGUCGAGCCCGUCGUCGACCUGUUCACCAAGCUGCUGAUGCGGGACGGCAAGCGCGCCAACGCGGACGCGCGCGUGUCGGCCAUCCUCGCGCAGAUCCAGCAGACGGCCAACCAGCCCCCCGUGCCGCUGCUGCGGCGCGCGAUCGAGCUCUCGGCCCCCUCGGUCCGCAUCCUCAACAAGAAGGUGACGGCCAUGAAGGUCGUGCAGGUGCCCAAGCCGCUCAACGAGCGCCAGCGCUGGCACGCCGGCAUCAAGAACCUCUUCAAGGCGGCCGAGCGCGGUAAGCGCACCGGUGUGCGCUUCAACGACCGCCUCGCGCGCGAGGUGUUCGCCGUGCUCGAGGGUACGAGCGACGUGUACAAGCGCGUCGAGGAGGUCCACCGCCAGGGCAUGCUCGGACGUUCCAACCUCAGGAAGUAGUGCGAGUAGUAGUGGGAUGGAUGCAUUGCAUGGUCGUG